GUGCUUUGAAGUCUGAUUCUCGUAGGCCUAAACUCCGCGCCAUUGCUAGGGAAAAACAAAAGAACCCACUCCAGAAAUUUUCCGACCUACCCCGCUACAAGACCAGAACACCACCGAUCCUAGUCCCUCAAUCCUUUUCCAAAAUAACGCCCCCCUCUCCCAAUCAACAGAAAGAACAAAAAUAUUAGAAAGGCCAAUAUGGACACACCCGUGCGCCUUACCGUUCUCAUAUCCGGCAAUGGCUCCAACCUCCAAGCAGUGAUAGACAAGACGCAGCAAGGACAACUCUCGACGCAGAUCGUGCGCGUCAUCUCCAAUCGCCAGAAUGCGUAUGGUCUCGAGCGGGCUCGACAGGCCAACAUCCCCACGCAAUACCACAACUUGGUGAAAUAUAAGAAACAGCACCCUGCUACACCGGAGGGCAUCCAGGCGGCGCGGGAAGAAUACGACGCCGAAUUGGCCCGAUUGGUACUGGCUGAUAAGCCGGAAAUGGUGGCUUGUUUGGGAUUCAUGCAUGUUUUGUCUCCGAGGUUCUUGGAGCCGUUGGAGGAAGCUAAGAUUAAUAUCAUUAAUCUGCAUCCGGCUUUGCCCGGAGCGUUUAAUGGGGCGAACGCUAUCGAGCGUGCGCAUGCUGCUUGGUUGGAAGGGAAGAUCGAUAAGACGGGUGUUAUGAUUCAUAAGGUCAUUUCGGAGGUGGAUAUGGGGCAGCCCAUUUUGGUCAGAGAAAUUCCGUUUGUGAAGGGGGAGGAUGAAGAUCUGCAUAAAUUUGAGCAGAAGGUGCAUGAGGUCGAGUGGGGAGUGGUUAUUGAGGGGGUGAAGCUUACGAUCCAGGAGGUUAAGGAGGGAAGGUAGACUUUAUUGCUAUUACGUGGGCGAGUGUGGCUGGUGGAUCAGUGUUUCUGGCUAUGAGUGAUGAUUGUUACUAACUAUUGGGGUCUAAGAUACCAUAUACUACUACGAAAUAAACUGAGGCAUAUAAUGUCCCACUGGGAGUCGAUGAACACUACUACUAAAUGCUUCUCCAGUGAUGGACACGCGCUCUUCAUACGAGGACAUUUGACGUUUGACAUUCCUCAUAUGGUUGUUGGGACGGAGUUUAACCUCUUCUGGGAACCACCCUUGGAUGAAGAGACUGAUGAUGAAUGGCUAGACCCUCCGACGCCGUCUCUGCUUUAAUAUAUUGGUACUAUAGUCACGUAUACUAGAGAGUAG